CCUAAGAGCGGAAGAUCAUCUGGUAAAGGUUGAGUUCACUGGACAAUAGAAAACAUGAGUGGUGUUGCUGUGACUGUGUCCCUGUUCUUUUUGCUUGCUGUUUGUUCGGCGUGUUACAUUUCCAAUUGCCCCAUUGGUGGAAAGAGGUCUGUUAUGGACGCCCCUUUGCGCAAGUGCAUGUCUUGUGGCCCUGGAGAGCGCGGCCGCUGCUUUGGGCCCAGUAUCUGUUGUGGGGAGGGCCUGGGUUGCCUGAUGGGAUCCCCAGAAACAGCUCACUGUGUGGAGGAGAACUACCUGCUCACCCCCUGCCAGUCUGGAGGAAGGCCCUGUGGAUCAGAGGGGGGGCGCUGUGCUGCCUCAGGACUCUGCUGCGACGCUGAGAGAUGCACCACAGACCAGAGCUGCCUGCCCGACGAGGAAGUAGAAGACCCAAUUGGCCAAUACGAGCCCAGUGACCCCAGUGACAUCAUCCUCAGGCUUUUACACCUGGCCAAUCACAACGCUGCGCAUAGACUGCACCAAUGAGCUGCUGAUACCACAACACGAGGAUUGUAUUUCUAUAGGUACAACAGUUUUCUUUUAGCUCUUUAGAGUUCGUAUGUAGAGUUCCUUUGUCUAUAUUUUUAUGUACAAAAUGCAUGCUGAAAUAAAAUUUGGAGAAACUA